GCGGCGGCGUGCGGCGGUGGUAGAAUCCAUUUUCCGAUUCGGAAUCUGAAAAAAAGAGAGAGAGAGAGAGAGAGAAUGAUCCGAUAAAAAAUUUGACACUAUGGCACGCUUUUCUAACUCGGUUGAUGUCGUUAUCAGUUGAUUUCGUCAAUCAUAAAAACUUCUAGUAAAUUACAUAAAACAAAAUAAAAUAUAUUUUUCACAGAAAAUAAUAACACUGGAGAAAAAAAAAAGUUCUUAUACACUAGAAUAUAAUUUCGGUGGAAGCCUCCGUUGUUUGAUUAAAAGUUUAUUAGUGUUUUUAUAUUAUAUACUUCAUCCGGUCGGGAAAUGGAAGCCUCAGUGUUUGAUUAAAAUUUUAUUAGUAUUUUUACAUUAUACUCGCUCCAUUCCCGACCGAAAGUAAAAAAAUUUAAAAAUUUAUUUUUUAUUUCACAAAAAUAGAUGUUUAUAUUUAAAAGUAUUUUUGUAUAUUUUUUAGAAACAUUAAUAAUAAAUUUUUGAAUUAAUUAAAUUUUAUUGGUGGAUAGUUAUUGGAAAGUGUAUAAAAAUAAUUGUAAAUUAAAUUAUAAAUAUUUAUUAUAUUUUUAAUGAACUUGAAAACUCUAAAAAAUCUUACUUUCGAAAAUGGAGGGAGUAAAAUUUAAGUUUCAAAUCAUAAAAAGAUAAAUACGUAAUUUAAUAGAAAAAUAAUUAUAAAAGAUCUUUGCAACUAGACGUGAAUUAUUAUAACACAAAUAAAUUUAUAUAAACUGUAAAACUGUUUAUGUAAUAUUUAUUAUAUUUUGUAAUAAUAUAAUUAACUAAUUUCUGAAAAAUACAACUUCUCGGAUAUUGGUAUAAUUCAUUACAUGUCUCCUAGUUUCAUUGAAGAUUUUGAUAACAAAACAUUACUUAUAAUAAGAUGUAUUAAAGUUUCUAUUUGGAUAGUAUUAUACUCAUCAGUCAUCAUCAUCUCAGGUUUCAAUCUAAAUAAAACCAAACGUAAACAUUUAUUGGUCCAGUCGUUGGGUGAAUGUUGCAUGUUUUCAUACCUAGCUCUUUUGUUCUAAUACCAAGCUUAAGACAAUAUUUAUAUAAAAAUACAAUACUUAAGACCAAUUUUUAUGAAGGUUCUUCUUACGCGUUAUAGACUUGAUCUCUAUAAACCUGGGUCAUAAUCUGAUGACAGAAACAUAUGUUCUCUCGAGCAUGAGCUCUAAGGUUUUGAAACAUCUACUUAGCUAGGCCCAAAAUUAUGAGUACUCCACUUGAAUAGCCACUCGCCAGACAUCCCUUUUUCCCUUUCUUGUUUUGUUUACACGAUUAACCCCUUCUUAAUGGGUUUAUAACUUAGACAUAUUAGUAAGUAAUGGGCUAUUCUUUUAUACGGUCUGGCAAUUGUUAUCUCUACUGGGCUUGUAAAAAACACAUAACAUGGUCAUAAACUCAGCCUAAGUAAUAGUCUGCUAGCUCCACAAAAACAAAAUGCGAUAUGAAUUUUUUAAAAGAAAAAAAUAACAAUAGUAAUCACAUUUGUAUUGAUUAUAUUUGUCUCGUUCCUAACAAAUGGAGCGUACUGUUCGUAUAGGUCACAAUCAUCUGGAGCGUACUGUUCGUAUAGGUCACAAUCAUCUGGAACACCCUUAAACCAAAUUUUGAACUUCUUAGAAGAAGCAUGUGGUGACACGAGCUAAAACAUUUUUUGUUUGUCUUCUGUAUAGGUUCCAAGAAAGAGGUAACAACACAAAUACAAAUGACUAAUCUCCAUUCGAAUUUCUAAAUUGUUGUAUUAUUAUAUAACAUAUAUAGUAAUGUGUUGGUCAUACAUCUUUCUGUAUCUUAUUAUUUUGUAUAUUUUCAUUUUUUUUUGUCAUGGUGUUGUCUUUUAUUUAACUUUAAAUUGGAUAACUCCUAAGGAUGCUUGUUCUAGUAAUGGAAUAGAUGGAUGUAAGUAUCCAUGACUGUGGUUUAUUCCAUUGAAUCGGUACUCUUAUCCAAACUAGCUAUACUUAAAAAUAAAAGCCUAUGUUAUUAUACACAUAUAUUGACAUCUACUUUGUGAAAGUUAUAGUUUGCUUGGAUGAUAUGUGAGUGAGACAAUAGUUAUGGAUGAGAAUGAUAUUUUCAUGUGGAUGUCAUGCUUUCAACAAAAGCUAAGGAGACAAACAAUAAUUCUAUGUGGCCAAUACAUAACAUUCUCUUUAUAUUCUCUGUCUGCCUAAAAUAUAUGUGAACUCUGUUAACCAAUAUAUAGUUCAUAUGCAUGUGUAAGCAUUGUUUAUAUUAUAAGCUCAAAUUAAAAAUUUAAUACAUGGUCACAAUUUAAAAAGUUUAAGGAGUGGCUCAUAAAGGCUCCACUAAGAUAGUCAAAAGAUGGUUUUGCGUAUGCAAAUCAUUUUGAGCCAUGAGAUGCACACUUUGGUUUCGCAUCGUGUAUGUUCAGAUUCGAUGUAGCGUUCACCUAGUUUUGGGAUGAUUAAAUUUGUUCCAUUACAAUUACAUAUUUUUCUUGCCAAAUUCUUUUCGAAUAAGUACGAAAUCAAGAAUCAAACUAUCCUAAAAAAAAUUGAAUGUUUGUAAAGCGCAGGAAGAAAUGCUUUCAAAUAUGCCAACACAAAAUAUUGUUUUUGCAUUAAUUUACAGUUCCGUUUUACAUUUUUUAAUGAAGGUAAAAUUGUUAUUCAAACAAAAAGAAUAUUGUCUAAUAAGUGUUGUUGCUGCAGCUUGUUUAACCUGUUACAAACUAAAAUGAAAUUUGAAAUUUCUAUAAUAUUAUUUGAGAAGUCAGUUUCAUACGUGUUGCGCUCACAUUAACUCUUGCGGUAGUUGAUUACGAUGAUACCAUUAAUGAAUCAAAUAUAUAUAAUUAUCUUUAUUAAAUAUUUUUUUUAUUUUAUUUUUCAAUUUUUAUUUAAAUUUUAUUUUUCUUUAUUUUUUUCAAAUAAGCUAUAUAAUAAAGAAAAUUUAUAACUUUUAGAAACGAAAAAUAUCUUUUAUAUAUAGCUUUCAUAGUAAGGAAAGUUCACAAAAUAAUCUUGAUUUUAAAAUAUAAAAAUAAUCUUCCAUUUUAAAAGAUAUCUUAAGCAACAUAAUAUAUAUUUUAGGGAAAUUUUCAAAGUAUUACGCAUUUUAUUUAAAUCAAUCUAUUUUUCAAAUUAUUACGAAAUAAUUUAAAUAACAUAAACUAAGAUAUCUUUAAUGAAUAAAAUUUAAUUUUUUUAUUUGAGUUAUCUUUUAUAUUUUUCAAAUAACAUAUAUGAUAAGAUAAUAUUUAUAAAACUUAAGACGAAAAUAUGUUUAUAUAUAUAUAUAUUAAUGUGAUUUCAUAAAAAUAAAGCAUAGACAAAUAAUCUUGAUAUUAAAGUAAAGAAUUAAUCUUCCCUUUUAAAAUUUAUCGGUUAUAUUUUUAUGUAACUUUAUACCUAUCAUCACUUUAUUUUUGUAAAUUAACCUAUACCAAAUUACUAAAAAAAUCAAAAAUAGAUUACACAUCUAAGAUGAAAAAAAGUAAACUAAUACAAUGAAUACAAUUUGGUUGAAUUAGAUUAUAAAUAGUUAUACUUAAAUUUGACUGAAUAUAUGUAACACAAUAUGCCCAUAAAACGAGUAACUAAACCAAUCCAAAAUCUUUUAUACAAAGUCAAAUAUUAAAUAAAAAUAAUAUAUUUAUAUUUAUAUUAAUAUUUUUAUACAUAUAAAUUAUAGAACAACUCAACGUAUUACUAAAUAAAUAUUGAAAUUCUCAAAUAAUUAUAUAAAUAUAUUAAGAAACUAUUACAAUUAAGUAUUUGUAAACUUAUAUGUAUAUAUGCAUAAGGUUUCAAAGGACUAUCAUUGCUAGAUUAAUUUAUGUAACUUUAAAUCGGUCAACACUUUAGUUUACUUAUACUAUUUGAUUCUCAAAAUAACAUAUAUUAAAUAUACAUAAUCUUACUAAAAUAUAUUUACAAAUCUAAGACAAGAAUAAAACUAUAUGAAAAUAACAAAAUUAGUCAAAAUUUUAAUCUGUAUGACAAAAAUAUUUUAUUUGAAUCCAAAAAGUAAAUGUUAUCUAAUAUAUCUAAAUAAUAACCAAAAAGUCAAGAUAUUAUAUAUCCAAAACUAUACGUCUAGUUAAAAUAACAUAAUUUUAUUUAAUCAUGCAUAUUGAUUACAAUAUAAAUAACAGAAUAAUAAAAUUAAAAACAAAAUAUUUAAUAAAUUAUUAUAAUAUAUUUAAUUUAUAAAUAUUUAUAUCCAUGCAUAAGCACGGAAAAAUCACCUAGUUUACAUUAUAACACCUCACUAUUGCUAGUAAUAUGGUUUACAUGUAUCAAAACGUAAGACUUAAGUUUCUGUCUCCACUAGUUGAAACAAAUAACUAAUAUUGAUGGAUAACGAUUCGAGUUUCACUCUGUAUUUUAUUUUUAAAAACUUUGUGUGCGUGUGUGCAUCAUGGGGACUUUUGUGACUUGACGAGUCAAAUUAUUUUCGUAAAUUAAAUUCUCCUACUUUAAUUUGCUUGUGUGACUUGUGUCCCCUGUCGGUAUUCACUUAAUAAUUGUAAAACUCAAUUAAUAUUAAUAAAAGCAUCUUUAUGUAAUACGACACAAAUGAAAAAAGCAAACCAUGACCGUUUGGAGCGGCCAAAGGUUGCUAUGCUACUUUCUACUUCAUUUCUUUGCCUUGGUUCGAAAUUUAGGACCACAUGUGGUUGAUCAGAGACUCAAUAUAUGUAGAUUGAUAUUUGUCUUGACAGAUUACGUCUGCAGGUCAGCUCCUUUGCCUACAUUUUCUUCAUUAAAUUAUGUCAAAUAACUUUUACUCUCAUGCUUACGCCCUCUAUUUUAUUAUUAUUUUAUUUAAUCAUUUCGAUAGGGAUGCAGUGGACAACUAGGUUGAACGGUCGAUCAAAGAAUUUAGGGUUCUUCGAAACCUGUUCUUGGAUCAAUUUUCUUUCGAUAGGUUCUUGAGACCAACUUUCUGAAUAAGAUGAAUUUAAUCGAAUCUUGUUCAAGGCAACUCAAAAUAGAUGAAUUGAAUCAAAUCUCUUUUAAGGGAAUAAGCAAAAACUCUAUUAUUAAUUAUCAAAGUCUGAAUACAACUUUAGGUUUCGAUACCUAUUUAUAAUAAAUCUUUAAAUUUAGAAAACCCUAAUCUUAGUUAAAAUAGAAAAACUACUAAAAUAUAAAAAAUACAAUAAAAAUUAAUUAUUCAUGUAAACUAGUGAAUAAUAAAGAUAUUUGAAAAUAUUUCAAAUACUUAUCUGCAUCAUCAUAUAGUGUAUCAAACUAAAUGGUAAAUCAUUUCAUUAUUGAUUCCUUCAUGUAAGAGUGUUGAACAGUGGAGCGUUACUUUUUCUUAAUCAGUGAUAUUUAGAAGAAUAGUACCAACGAGUACUCUGAUCUCAGAUUUUAAAUGAAAUCUAAAAAAUAUUUUUAUCUUCGUCUGGUAAAACAGUAGCAACUUAACAGGAUUUGAACCCAUAACGACGGAUUUAUGGUUUGUCCCAAAUUGUUCUUCUUAUCACGAAAGUACCGUUAAUUAGUUUGAAACAUAAAUUUUUGGACUUAAUUAUCGGAUCGCACAUUGAUUGACAUGUUUUUUUUUUCUUUUUUAAAAACGGUAGUUUCUUCAUGCGAUUAAACAAUAAGAAAAAUCAUAUGUAUCACAUUAUUGUUCUUCUAAUCAUCUUUCAUUUGCUUAGUUAUGCAAAUACACAAAUUCUAAUUCUAUUAUUAAGUGCACUAAGUAAUGCAUGAUCAUCCAUUUGGAACAUAUUGUAAAAUGUUCUAGUUCUAGAGGCUGAGUCGUACUAAUUUUGGAAAAGAAGUUAGUAGGAAAAGAGAAAACUGACAUCUACUUGUCAUAUAUAAUACAUAUCUGAGGUAUCUUCGUACCAAAUCGCCUAUGCAUUGUCUCUCGUCGAAUUCUGUGAGAAACUAUAAACUAUGUAUCUACUUGUGUUAAUGUCUGCUAUACACCUCGAAAAUUUUUGGUCUGCUGUUCAUUGAUGAUGUUUAGCUAGCAAUUAUAUUUGUAUACACAUUCUUUAUUCACACACAGUACACAAGCUGAUAAAACUUUUCCGUUACAGAAAAACCCAGAACCUAAAAAAUCUCUCCCAUUCUCUUCAUUAUUAAGGACCGGCUCACACUUCUAGCUAGCCUAUUUCUUGCAAGUUAUUCAGUAAAAGAUGAGGUUAGGGUUUUUUGACAAAAAAAAAAGAUGAGGUUAGGGUUCAACUGCUUUUUAGUUUAAUACAUGCAUAUUUGCUUCCUUACAAGAAUUACAACAUUUAGUGUUCUGAUCAAAACAUUCAAAAAAUGUAAAUGCAUAUUUUUUUUUCAAAAAGUCCAGGUUGCAAGUUUUUUUUUUAAAUGAAUAAAUAGUAACGAAGCGCAUAUUUAUAAUAAUCAUGUAUUAUUUUAUAUUAUUUAUGUUUUAUGUUUCUAAUUGGAGUCAUGUUCGAAGUUUGCUAAGAAAAUAGAAUUUCUGGCUUUCUCAUAUACUAGUUUAUUAAGUUUUAAUUGAUUUAAUAAAGAAUUUUUUGAUAUAUAUAUAUAUAUAUAUAUGCAUUUUAACAAAAAAAAAUAUACAUACACAUAUAUUAUUUAAAAAUUUUAGUAGAUCUAUUACGUUUUAAAGGUUGUAAAAAAAGGCAUCAAACUGUCAGAAAUUCUUACGCUAGAGUAGUUCAUUGCAUUAUCAUUGUUCCUGCUGAAUAUAAAAGUAAUACUAACAAAUGCAAACACACUUGCUAUGAGCAUGGUUUGUUUUAUCAUUCCUCACAUGGCUUAGAGUUUAUGGAAAAGCUAGCUAGUGAGUAAUUAGUGACUUUAAGGCAUUAGUUUACCUGUAAAAGUUUUAUGCAAGUGUUGUUUUGUCCCUCUCCUUUUCCGAAAAAGGUUUUAAUUAGGGUUUUUUCGUACAUUAAACAGUGUAAGCAUCUGAAAAACAAAAAGACAUAUAAGUGUAAGUGAUAGUGGGGAAUCAAUGCUGAUUCACGAGUCUAAAACGUUGUGUUUUCGUAAGCUACACCGUACAAUUUCAUAGAGGUAACAUGGGUUGGACUUGGAGAGGGUAAAAGCAACUUAAUGUUGGCUAGCCAAAGAGAAAAAGGACAAAGUUUGAUGUUAACUUAGUCUAACUGGAUUACUAUUUAUAACAACAAUGUGCAGAAUUUGAGAGAGAAUAUUCCAAAAGUAGAAACCUAAAGCAGGUGGCUUGCGGCUUCCCUCUAUCGUCUUCUUUAAUAAAACUAUCCACAAUGAGAAUGUUGAAACUUGGUUUCAACUGUUGAAUACCCAGUAAUGAGAUUAUUGAAAUGUUGUAGUUUAUUUAGGUGGAUUUAAAUGGUUGUAAAGUUUCUACUGUUGAUUUUUUUUUGGCCCAAUACAGCCACGUGGUGCAAAUUGAUUGGGUAGAAAUGUUGAGCAGAUUUUUUUUAAUUUUUAUCUUUACCCAAUAAUUCAAACUCAUAUAUUAUAUAAUAAAACUUAAAAAAUAAAAAAAAAUUAUAACAAAAUUCAUGGUUUUUAUGAUAUAUAAAUAGAUAUUACUCUCAUAUUAUUAUAAAAAAUGUCAUUUUUAUUAUAAUCAAUUAUUUUAGUGUUUUAAAUAUUGUUUUUAUUAAAUGAAUAUCAAUAAUAAUUUUUUUAACACCCAAAUUUUUUCUAAUAUUCAUGUUAACUACCAAAAUCCCAACAAUUAAAAAUAGUGGGAUAGGGUGUUCAAUUUUUUUUAAAAAUCAUUGUAAAAGUUAAAAAUAAAGUGAAUAUUGAAUAAAUUAGGUGGACGAAACAGAAGAUGAAGUUGAAUGUUAAAAAAAAUGUUGAAAAUGAAAUGGGCGUUGAAACCAUUAUACAUGGUUUAAGCGGCGGUUUUGAAUAUAAUUUAACACAUAUAAUAUUUACAGAUAUUUUUUUGCUAAGUAUAAUACUUACAGAUCUAAGAUCGAUGUGUUAUUUAUAUAUGUGGAGAUAAUGUGAUUUUCUAAAUCUUCAAAACUCAACCAAAAUAAAAACACAUAUGAUCGACGGUAGUUAACCUUAAAUGUAUUGCAUUAAUCAAAUAAUAGUGGUCUCUCUACAAUUCUCACGUGGACAUAACUGCUCAGAUCGAUCAUGGUCUUGGCGACUUUGCAUCGUUAACAAGAUUGGACUAUAUUAUAUAUAGUACAAUUUAACAAAAUCAGCUGGAAAUAAAUUUUGACAUCCCUUAGACGAAACUUCCUGUUAAAAUCUAGCAAAACUAAAACAACGUACCUUCCUUUUCUUAAUCUGUUAAGCCACUUAUGUUUUCAUUAUUUGUUGUUAGUAUAGUAUUUAAGGGCAUGAAUAUCACUCCAGGUCAUAACAAGUGGGCGGGAAAUGGGGUUUGCUCCUUGCAUUCACAUGCAGUUUUGUUUGGUAAGCGUGUGUUUGACACACUUUUUACUAAUUAUUUUAUUUUUCGUGUAUGAUGCAUGCAUAUGUUCGGUUCACGAACAUUCCUCUCUAGAUGUUCACGCCUUUACCGAUGCCCAUAAUCGUAUAUUAAUUAUAUUUCCGUGGUUAGUGAAAGAGAUACUGAAUAACUGAGCGUUGCUUUUAUGCUGGUACUGAGAAGAAACAAAUAGUCAUUUUCACUAUCAUCAGGGGGAAACAAGAUUUGUUCAUUGUCUAGGUUUUCUUAAUUUUGGUAGAUAAGUAGAUAAAAAGGAAAUUAAUACGAUUGUAACUUUUUAUUUUAAUAUACUGUCCAAAGACGUCUAAGCCAUUAUAAUUUUUUUAGUACCCUCUACACGAUUUUGACCACAAAAAAAUCUCUACACGAUCUAAUUGAAGUUGUGAUUAGAACCAAUCGGUGAGAAUUUAUAAAUUGAAAGAGUACUAUGACUCUCAUAGAAAUUAAUACUUAGACGACUUAGGAUAUAAUUAAUGGAUCCAAUUUUUUAAACUAAUAUAAAUAUAUUAUAGAUAACGAUAAUUUUUUAAAAAAAUAUGAUGUAUAUAAAAUAUUUUCUAUAUUCUUUGAUGAUUUUCCUAAUUUUGACGGUUGAAUUUAGUCUGAUAUUUUAAAUCUCUCAAUACAAAUCUUUCUCAACAAUAUUUUGUUCUGGUUUACGUUCCAAAUAGAUAAAUAGUGUGACAUGUUUAAAAUUGUACCAAAAUUUUAACCAAAACAAACUUGCACAACUUUCAUAGGAAAGUCUCUUUCACUUCUUUGUUUUUGUGGGUGGUCUCUUUCUGGCCACAUCACAUGCACGAGGAUCGAUGCUUCCUCUCCUCUGACUCGAUCAUAUCUUUUGUUUUUGCUAUUUAAGUGAUAAAACUAUGAUUGACCAAGCUUGCUUCAUUUCUACAAUUGCAUUCCUUUUACUAAAUUAUAAAAAGAGAAAAAAGACAGGAAUAAAUAUUUCCUGUGUAUAUUACAAAUAUGGAAUUGUACAAUGGCCCUAUUCUAUUCCUUCACCUUUUAUAGUAUUGAUGUUCCCAUAUAAAUAAUGUGGCAUAAAUAGUUUCAUUUUUAUUCAAGUGGGUAGUGUGGAAAAGCUAUUUAUCCACCACCCUCUCUCUCUCCAUACCAAACAAUUCUUUCUAUUUUUUUCUUUAUUUUUUGUUGUUGUAAAAAGUAACUUUUAGGCACUACAAAUUAACACCAUCUCCCUCUCCUUAUCCCUCAAAUCCAUCUCCAAAGCCUCUCCUACUUCUCUCUCUCUCUGCUUCCUUGUUUUCAUAUAACAACAAAAACUCCUACAAAAGUCUUCUUACAAAACUUUUAAGCCAUGGCAACUGUUGUAUACCAAGGGUUUCAGUCUCAUUUUGAGUCUCAACACUUUGAGCCAAGAGCUCUAAGACUCAGACUCUCUUCUCCCAACAAUCCCCACUCAUCCACACCUCUCAAAUCCCAUUUCCUAGACUCAUCCAUCACUCCACAAGACAACAUUUCUACCACUAAAGCUGCCUCUAAGACAGAAAGUUGGAGCUUCCUCGAGCCCAUCUCAAACUCGAGCUCUGAUGACAAAGACAAGAAGACAUCAUUACCACCGUACGUUCAUACUCCAUCUUCUCGUAGAACUCUCAGUGAUGAGAGCUUAGCAUUGUGCACUGAAAGCCUCGGUAGCGAGACUGGCUCUGAUGUCAUUAACGAUCAAGAUUUGUUCUCGGUUACAUCCGAGUUACAAACUACUGAAACUAGACCAACGACAAGAUCCUCGCGACAAGAUAGGAAGAGGAACACGGUGGCUUCUCUUCCACCUCCUUUGACGAGUAUGAGAGGUCUUGAUGGCAUUCAAGUCAAGUCUCACCGUGAGAAUGGAAGAUUGGUAAUGACGGCCAUGAAACCUCUGCCACGCGAUCGAUGCUUACAGGACCGAAGUAAUGGCUGCGUCCGACUAGCCAUCUUGAUUGAUUCUAAUGACCAGAUAGAGACAGAGAUCAAAGAAGAAGGAGAAACAGUUGAGAUAAUGAGAGAUAACGAAGAAGAGAUUCAACAAUACGAGGAAGAAGAAGUUGAACUGAUGGUUAUCAAGAACACUCAAAGAUCAAAUAGAUGCCAUGAAGGUGAUCUAGAAAACAGAGGAUUUCUAAAUUGGGAAUCUUUCUGUGUUGCCACUUCCUAAAAAAAGAAUAAUUCUGAUCUCUCUGUGAUCACAGUUUCACAAGCUUUUUUCUACUGCAUUGUGUUUUCGUUUUUGUAUAAUUAACAACCUUUUUUUAUCACUCUCUUUGUUUAGAGAUGGUAUUAAUACUGGUUUACCGACAGAAGGCCUUGAUUGUUAAUUUUAUAUUGUCAACUACCUUGGUUACUGAUUUAAUAAGUAAAUAUUUAAGGUUGUUUUACGGUC